GUUUAAAUUGCUGUCCAUUGUAGGAAGUGGCCGAUCGACGUUUGCAGGAAUUAAUAAUCAAAGGUUAGAGCACGUAUCUGAAUCGCUGAGCUCUGGCCCCGCGGAGCCAUGUCCCCAGAGGAGCUGGUCUACUUCUGCGUCAUCGCCGGCUCCAUUCCGGUCGGCUUUGCCUUCCACCACUUCAGUCCGGCGGUCAAGCAGCUGCUGGCUCUGGUCCUGGGUUUGGCCAUCACGCUUGCCACCUGCGGAGUCCACAGCCUGCACUCUCUGGUCAUGGUGCUGGGCACAUGGGCCAUCAUCAAGUUCAACUGGAGGCUCGCUCCCUCGCUGUCUCUUGGCUGGACGUUUCUCUACCUGCUGUUUUUCCGGCUGGUCACCUGGUUCGGCCUGCCCUCCCCGACCCCCUUCACCAACGCCGUGCUGCUGCUGCUCACCCUUAAGAUGGUCAGCUUAGCCAAUGAGGUGCGGGCCUUCCACCUGGCUAAGAAAGAGGAAGUGAGCUCGUUCACCAAGUCUCCAGUCAUUGGUGGCUUGACCCAGGAGCCCUCAUUCUAUGAUGUCAUUUCCUAUAGCUACUGCUACAUCGGCAUCAUGACUGGCCCGUUCUUCCGCUUCCAGACCUACAGCGACUGGGUCCACCAGUCGGCUCCCCUCUCCAUCCCGAGCUGGGACCCCUGUCUGCGGCGCCUGCGCUUCGUCCCCGUCUACGCCGCGCUCUUUGUGGGUGCCAACGCCCUCUUCCCCCUUGCCUACGUGCGCACGGACAGCUUCCUGGAACGCCACUUCCUGUACCGGCUGUUUUACAUGACGGCCAUCUUCUUCGUGUUCCGGAUGAGGUUCUACGCGGCCUGGUGCUCGGCGGAGGCCAGCUGCAUCAGCGCGGGCCUGGGGGCCUAUCCCGUGGGGGCCGCGUCCCGAUCCGGGGGCGGCCCCACCGUCCAGUACAGUGCUCCGGCAGACGCCCCGGUGCUCUAUGACUUCGAGACCAUCAGGAACAUCGACUGCUACAACACGGACUUCUGCGUGAAGGUGCGUCACGGCAUGAAGUACUGGAACAUGACCGUGCAGUGGUGGCUCCACCAGUACAUCUACACCAGCGCCCCCUUCAGGCCCUACGUCCUCAGGGCUGCCUGGACCAUGUUCAUCAGCGCCUACUGGCACGGCCUCCACCCAGGCUACUACAUGUCCUUCCUGACCAUCCCGCUGUGCAUGGCGGCCGAGUCGGCCAUGGAGCGCAGCCUGCGGGCCCGGCUGGGGCCCCGGGGCCAGGCGGCGUUCGACUGGACCCACUGGUUCCUCAAGAUGAGGGCCUACGAUUACAUGUGCAUGGGCUUUGUGCUGCUGUCCUUCCAGGACACGCUGAGGUACUGGAGCUCCGUCUACUUCUGCAUGCAGCUCGUCGCCGCGGGCUGCAUCGGGCUGGGCUCCCUGCUGGGGCCUGGCCAGGGGAGAGCGCGGGACGGGGAGAAGAAGGAGGAGCUCCGGAAAUAGGGAGGGGGAUGGCGGGGGUGGGGGGCAGGGUGGGAGCAAACACUGGCACAAAAACUACAACUCCCAGCAUGCCGUGCAAUCCGGGACUACACCCGGCGGAAAUGGUGUUGCAUAUGUUUUCUGUUUUUUUUACAGUAGCGCAAUGUUUGGCUUUAAUAACAGCAGUUCCCAGCAGGGCUUGGGAAAGUAGGCCGAGGAAGCGCGGUUUCCUGUAGCGCUUGUGUCGGAGAGUCUGUGCGUGUGGACUUUUGUGAUGUUAAGGGCCAGAGAGGGUUAAUUGAUAAUUAAUUAAUUGAGAUCGGGCCUCCGAAGGUCACGGCCUACUGCAGGGUCAAGAGAGGAAGGGGUGAGGCAGCAUUAAUGGCCUGUGAGGUGACGGUCACAAUUCUAAUGAAGGCACACUCCCUUCACCUUAAACAAAAUCGGAAAGGGUGAAUAAGGAAAAAAAAGUCAACGUGACUCCCGUCACUGGAGACGAAUGACGAGAACGGUUUCUUUCAUGAGCCCCCUUCAAGAAAUUCAAAGCCCUCAGCCCCCAGUCUGAGUAUUUCAAGGGUUACUGAUCACUGCAUUGUGAAAUCUGGGCACUAAUCACUCCGUUCUCUGGCUCGGAACGAACAAUUGUGGAGGCGGGGGGAGUAAAAGUGUCAAAGCGCUGUCACACGAUCGCUGGGCAACUUUUCAGGUGGAGCGUGAAGUUAUUUCAGACGUGCUACCUGAGGACGAGUGAAAAAAUCAUUCAGAGUGCAGCUACUAACCUGCUCAGAUCUGAGUCUGAUUCUCCACGUUCCAGUGGGGGUCCUUCGGGGUUCUUCGGUAACAUCGGGUUUACUUGGGAAUCAGAUCGGCUCAUGUGGAUACGUAUGUUAAGCUUCUAGAUUCAAAUUCUAUAUCCAGACUUCCCCCAGAUCUGUUCCUGCUUAUACUCGAUCUGCACAACAUUAGGAUAUUGCCUUUAAAGUGCCAGUUUCAGGUGACAAGUGUUUUUAAUGCAGCUAUUUCUACACUUCUAAAAGGGAAAGGAGACAGAGCCCGAUAUUUUUUAGGGGAAGGCAUAGGAAGAUCACCAGUAAAGUAGGAAAACUACACCUCCCAGCAUUCCUUGCCAUACGGCAGGCAUUAAUGUUGAUGGCAGAUAGGCGUUGUCAUCCACUUGUGUGUCUGUUGUGUUACUGGAGAGGUGAAGAAUGUUUAAUUUAUCAAGUGUAGGACAGUGGAGGCUGGUGGACUACAGAGACCAAAAUGCCAUACAGAGCAGCACUUGCCAGUUAAUCUUUGUGCAUUAAGCCACACUGAGUAACACUGAGCAUCAUGUGCAUUGUUAUUAAACAGCAGUUCCUUACAUAAACAAAGAUUUUGUAUGAAAAAGCAAGAUGACAGUUAUGGAAAUGAGAAUAUAUGUUUAAAACGUCAAAUUCCAGAAUGCCUUAAAAAUUACCUCAUGGGAGCUGUAGUUCUACAGUUAAGUCACAAAGGGGAGGUUUAUACGUCAUUGGUUUUUGGUUUUGACUACAAAUCCCAGAAUGCCUCAGAAGUACUCAUUGGUAAACUAUGGGAGCUCUAGUUCUAUGGUUCGGUCACAAAGAGGAGAGUUAAGAGGUUUAGAUAUGUACUUGUGUUUUAAGCUACACAAUCUAAACAUGAUUGCAAGACGCAGGUUGGAUCUUUAGUGCCUGGGUGCGAACGUGUGUUUGUGGGCCUUUAAUGUUGACCCAGUGAAGAAGGAAAGAACAUAUUGGAGUAUCCAGGAGAGAGCAGGGAGACAGAGAGAGAUCUGAAAGAGGUCUGGGAUUGUAGGGUGAAUUUUUUGCAUGCCCUGAAAUUGUGCCACUCCCAGCAUGCUCUGUCACAGAGGAAAAGGGCAAACAAUGAGGGGGCUGCAGUCUAAAGCAGGGGGUCCCCCAAUUCUGGUCCUGGGUGACCCCACACACCAGCCUAUAUCCAUGAAGCUGAGCUCUUCACUUUAAUCCUGGUUGGAACCCUUGUAAGUUAUUGUCUUUCUACUCAAAAGUGGGAGAUUUUAAGUUCCUUCAGAACCACAGCAGGUAAGAGGCAGCCUGCGACUUGUUCAGGAGCCAAAAACAAAGAGUUCGGAAACAGACUCGUUACGAGAUCCAUUAAGGGUUCAUUUAUUUAACUGAGGGGCUCAGAUGGAAUAAAAACAGCAGGAGAGUGGAUCCCCACAACCAGAAUUGGGGACCCCUGCUCUAAUAGUAGAAUCGCAAGUGUUUUGUUCCUCUGUUACGUUCUGUAUGUCUUUCUUAAUCAUUCCCUUAGGUGUCACCCAUGUCUUUGGUGCCAAGAGUCUCGAUGCCAAGCAUGCCAGUGUUAGAAGUAAUAUGAACACUUAAAGAUUGGCACCAAGAUGUCAAAUCUGUGUUCAGCACCAAAUACAAUUAUGCCAGUUUCUACAGUGCGUUUCACUGUAAAGGUCCUGGAAGAAAACACUUCCCCCUCCCAACACAAGGUGGCGAUUUGCCAUUUCUCUAGUACUGAUCGCACAGAUCAUUGUGAAAUUGCCAUCGUUACAGAAGGUCAGUCAAUGCAGGGAAGCUCCGUUUUGAAUGAUCCCACAAUCACCAUCUUCCUGGGGAGGUCACCCCGUGUUCAAAUGGGACUGUGAGGCAGGUCGUCCUGCAGCACGGGCAAAGCGCCGAGCAGCCUGGGAUUGAACCGUUACCCAACCCGGCCUGCCGUCCGGAUCCCAGUCCCCUUUAGAAACCUCUAGGCGAACAAAGAGCAGUUUAUCACGAGAGCGUUCGCCUUAACAUUCGUCCUUCCGAAUUAAGACCGUAAGAAAGGUUAUGAAAGGGAGGAGGCCCUUCCUCAUCUAUCCAUUGGGUAUUAGUGGUUAAUCCAGCCACUUCGUGGCAGAAGGGUGUCGGCUUCAACAACCUGGCUGGGCAGCUUGUUCCACGCUCCUACCGCCCUUUAUGUAAAGCGCCACUCUUUCCCAGGUUUUAACCCUGGGAAAUGGGGCAUAUGAUGCACAAUUCCGCACGACAGAUUGACCUACCUAUGACCAGUCCUGCAUCUGUGGCACAAAAAGCUUGCCUCCUGUUUCAGAUUUAGAUACCCCCACUUGGCAACAGGACACAAGACUCACCUUGGGAGGGGGGUACCUGUCCUGUUUUUAAAAUCAGACCAAUCUAACUAGGGACCAUCUAUAAGAGGACCUCCAUUUUGCACAUUUCACUUCUACAACACACCCUUUGUCCCUGAAAGCUAUCACACACUGUAUCACACACACCCACAGAGAGAACGACGCGGUCUCAGAUGUCCCCAAGCAGGCAGUGUUUUUCCCUAAAGCCUCGAUAACCGCACAGUGGUGUAGACCUCUCUAUAUUUUCCAGACGACACUCCUGUGCUUUCAGACCGGCAUCUCGGCCCUGUUUUUGUAAGUUGUUCGGCACUUUGUCAUAGUGAACAUUUGUAUUCUUGUCCACUUGUCGGUGAAAUACACAGCUGCCUUUUUUGAUAUAUAACAAUGUCUCAGUCUUUUCUUGCUGGCGAGAGUCCUGCAAACCACAAUCCUGAAAAACAUGCACAUCCAGGGCGAUGCAGCUUCGUUUGGGGUGAGAAGAAACCAGACUUGCUCGGCACUUGGAAAUAUUUUGUGCCCACUGAUGGACAUCUGGCCAGCAGAGUGGGGCAGUGGUUAGCAUUGCCGAGUGGCAGUGCCGAGGCACUGGCUUCAGUAUUGGGCCUGAGGUGCUGUGUGUGUGGAGCCUGCAUGUGCUCCCCGCGUUAGGGCGGGUUUCCUCCAGCUGCUCAGGUUUCAGCGGCCCGUGGAAAUCUGGCCAGGGGCACCGAUUGGUUGUGUGCGACCCGGAUGGGAAUGAAAAAGGAGCUCGUUGGUGAUACCGAUUCCCCGGUUUAUUUCACGCGUCCGCUAGGGAUUCACAUACAAAUACUUCCCGCCACCACGCGGGUGGAAGCUAAACUUCUCGGGACAGCGGGACGCAAGCAGUACGGAAGCGCGUUGCUUACACCAAGGGGGAAAUAUAUAUAUAUAUUUCGCGUAGCCUACAAAAACUACAUUAUCAUUAUCUGCCUUUCAGUUUUAAACAGAGGAAUCGACACCCGUUCUAGUUUGAGGGCAUGUGUGAGUGUCCUCAUGGUUAAAACUGUUUCCAUGAAGUAGAAACCGUAAGAUUUCGUUAGAAAUGAACCCCAGGGGAAAGUCAGUCUCUGCGUAUUUUGCGACGUGGCACAUUGUCAGGAACACAUUAAUCCACAGGGCCAGCAAAGCUAUCGGUGGCUUGUAGGCACUGCCAUUGCACAGCGGAACAGGUUUGUUCAUACACUGACGAGAUCGCUGCUAGAGCUCAGGAUGUUUUUUUUUUUCCUUGCGGGCAGCAAAGCGCUUCCGUACGAGAGCACACAAAGGCUGUGUGGAUGUUUUGUCCUGACGUGUAAAAAUCAUGUCAUAUGUGGAGGAGUGGGAGAAACAUCACGCGUACCCGAGAGAGGAAGUGGGCACGAGUCGGAGGAGCAGACCGGUGUCCCGGGGACACCUGUCGCGCUGUCUUACCGGCUGCGCUGGGGGGUCUUGAUGCGCAGUCGGUCCCCCUGACGCGCCGCGCUCACCUCGCUCUCCGCCACCAGCGAUCGCCCCUCCGGCGUCUCUUUUUCUUUCUUACCCGGGCUGCCUGGACCGACGAGGGGGCCACGCUCCUGUCGAGAAGGCGUGCGAUUUCGCACAUUGCCCUUGUCAGUAGGCUCUCCGGGCCGGGGGUUGAGCCGGGUUGGAAAACGUUAUCGCGGCAUUCGGCACGCCGACUUAAGCUUUAGCAAGACCUUCGAAAUGAGCCCGAGCUAAUUCCUUUUUUUUUAAUUAACAAAAGACCUGUAAUAAAUAUAUGUUUCUCUGUCCAGUUACUUCAUGUGCACAUCGUCGGAGAGCCCUAAACGUACAUUCAACCAGCAUAAUUUCGUUUGAGUUGCGUACUUCAUACAUAUUCACACCGCAGCUGCAUUAACACCUGCAAGAAAAGCCCUUAACUAAAACUUAACACGUAGAACUUAAAACUGUUACUAAAGAGCGCCAGCUGUAGGAUCUUUGUCAGAAUCUCGAUCAUUAUCAGCCUUUAGCGUCCUCGGUGAUGAGAAUCAUUCAUUUGGGAGCGGAACAGGAAAUUAAUUGCACGAUAAAGGCGAACGCGAAUGUACACCGAGAAAUCCUUUGUGAGACGCGGACAACCUCGUUUUUUUCACUCAUAUGCUCUAUAUAGUACCUUCUUAAAUAAUUAAGGAACGAUCAGUCAGUGUACGCUAACGUAUUACAUCCAAAGAUGUCCGUUUUUAAACCUAAAAUGGUCGUUGAAUUUUAUUUCCAUGCCUUGGGAGUACUCGGGGCGAACACCCUCAGUCUCUGUGGACUUCUUUGAAUUCUCAAGUUUUGAAUCAUGUUCGCGUGAGGUUAACUUCAUGUUGUUGACAGGGACGUAACUAUUUUGCUGCGCUUCUUCGUUCAUUUGAUAUUGUCUUUGUAUUGUCAUGCUGCAACAUAUGUAUAUGCCCUCGGUUGUUAAGUUUUCGUUUUUGUAUAAUAAAAUAAAAAAAAGCUCGUUAGUACUAGGCGUCGAGUCCCGGAUGCGCUAACUGCGCGCGUGAGGCUGUGCGCUCUGAUGACGUCAGGCUAGGCAGAAGGUCCAGGUCCGACUAUUAACCCACUAUAGGAACCUAAAAACCAUUACAAACGAGAGCGCCGCCAGCCCCUCUGGAACUUCCGACUUGCUCAUCGAUACCAGUAUCUAUCCCGUCUGUUUUUUUUAAAAGAAACCAGGGCGUCGGCUUUAACCACACAGCUGGGCAACCUGUUCCAGACUCCCACCACUCUGUGUGUAUAGAAGGGUCUCCCGCUCUCGUUUCCAAAUGCACUUCCACAGGGUGUCCACUUGCGCCUUCUGGGUCGUGUUUCAGCGUCCGUGCUGAAGAAGAAAUUGUUUGCAUGCCACCAUUAUAAACUCUUACAGCUCCUGGACCGAGCAAUUAAGAUAGGUUAAUGUACUUAUUCACCUCUGUAUAAAACUAACGCAAAUCUGAAAAACAUGGCAUGUCCCAGCUAAUUAUUUUCAGCUACAAUGAAUAAUUUGUCUUGCUCUCCUCUGGUAACGUUUAUUUGGACCGUUUGUACGUUUGGGAAGAUUCCGUGCACGGAAAAGCAGCAGCUUUGAUAACAAGACAAAUUCCUGAGACCUCAGAAAGAAAUAUGAUUAAACUAUCUUAUAGCUGUUAAACCAGUAUAAACAUUCAAUAAAAUAUAACUGCUUUGGCAUGAA